GCUUCACGCGCCCGACCUACCUUUACGUCAUUUCCUGACGCUGUCGCGUUCCUUCCUUUUCCCUCAGCCACUCGUAGUCUGCGGUCUUGAAAGCCUUAAACAUCUACACCAUGCAGAACGACGCUGGAGAAUUCGUGGACCUCUACGUCCCCCGUAAAUGCUCUGCUAGCAACAGAAUUAUUGGUGCAAAGGACCAUGCCUCCAUUCAGAUCAACAUUGCUGAGGUUGACAAGGUCACCGGCAGGUUCAAUGGCCAGUUCAAGACCUACGCUAUCUGUGGUGCUAUCCGUAGAAUGGGUGAAGCCGAUGAUUCUCUCCUGAGGCUGGCAAAGAAUGACACAAUUGUGUCAAAGAACAUCUAAGUUUAAGGAAAGGACACCUGGUGUUUCUUUGUAAAAUAAAAUGUAAACGAAAA